AUGAAAGCACCUUUCUCCCUGCCCUGUCUCCUCCUCCUCCUGACUCUGGAUGCGCAGAAGAAAGAUCCAAAAUCCCUGUUCGGCCGGGCAAAGGAGCCGCAGGGAUUUGAUAAAGAGCGGGCCAGCUUCGGAUUCAGGUUUGGGAGGCAGGAAGAGGAAAGCCCGGGCGCCUGCUUUGUUCCGGCAAGCGGAGAGAAGCAGAGCGGCCUGCUGGGGAAUCUGGCCGAGGAGCUCAACGGCUACCACAGGAAGAAAGGCGGCUUCAGUUUAAGUUUUGGGCGGUGCCAUCCCUGUAGCAACAUCACUGAGCUGAGGAGGAUGGUUGGCCAUGAAUAA